AUAUUACACAGUAAUUGGCAUUAAUUCAAGUUUUAUUUGUUUUAUUGGUAACAAAGUGCUUUAUGUACCUAUAUUAAAUUGAUGGUUUCAGCUCAGUGACGGUGAAAUCUUAGAAAAAUGUAUUGUUGCCUAGAAUUCAACAUUGCGAAUUCUUAUAGCGAAGACUGUAAAUUAGUGAUUUGAGAUAUUUAUUGAAUUGUUUUCUAUGCAUUGAAUACACUAUUCAUAUAAGUAAUAUAAAGAUAAAAAAGAAACUUUUAUUUAGUUGUUUUUUUAAGUAAUCACGCAAAAACUUGAUAUAUUACUAAUCCGAUUGAUUUGAAACUAUAAUAUUACGUGAAUGAUAUACAAAUGCAACAUACGUUAAAAUAAUAAAAUGAGCGAAAGUUUUCAAUUUUUGUUUGAAAUCCUAAAAUUACUAUUAUUAACUUGUUUCAAUUUAAAAUUGUUUAUUAACCAGAGUUAUCUUUAAUUCUCAUAUCAUUACUAACUUUUUAUAUUGAGCGUGUGAGCACACGUAUCCAACAAAUAAAGGAAAGUUAAGAAAAAAACAUGAAGCUCUUAAUUAUGCCUGUAUUUCGAAUCGCACACUAUGUAGGAACCAAAAAAAGUCCCUCACUUUUUUAAAACAUAAUCUUUUAUAAAGACUAGGCUGUAUGGUUACCGAUCCUUGCCUAACAUUAAUAAUGGUAAACGAAACAUCAACAGAAAGGUGUAUUGAUUUUCAAAUUCAACAUAUUUUGAAAUGGAGGCUAUUAUUCAAUACAAAUUAUGGAGUAAUUUGUCAAAUCGUAUACCAUUUAAACCAUAAGAAAUCAACAAAUCUAUAAUGGGUGAUAUACUAAAAUUCACAACAUGGCCUAAACACCAAUAUGCAUUUCACAAAAUUACCAGCGAUGCACUUGUGUUUUAUAUUAAAGGAGAAGAAAACGCUGCUAUCGGUCUAGCAAAAGAGCCUGGUAGCGAAUGCGACUUAUGGGUUUUAAUAGGAUAUCGCGACCAAUGUUGGAUAAAGAAAAGCUAUGAAAAAUGUAGUCGUGUUUUUAUACCAGAACUCCUAUCCAAAUAUAAAUACAAUAAAUUUUGGAUUCAUCUGCGUAAAAAAAGAAUAAUUUUGGGUAGAAAUAACGAAUCAAUACCAAUUCUUACAUUCCACAACCAAAAACGUAAUUUGUAUUACGUGACUUUUUCUGUGCUGGGAGAUAGGCAAUAUCUAAAAUGGAAGUUUUAUCUGGCACCGAUAAUAGAAAACCCACCCCUUAAAAGGAUAACAGGGGGUAAACCACAUUGGGUGAAAGUGGAUAAAAAUAUCCCUAAUAAUGCUUUCAUAGGAGGUUAUGAAGAUGAAGUUUUAUACAUUAUAAGAGCCUUUCAUGAGGGAUCGCUGUUUCCUGGGAAGCUUGUGCCAAAUCUGGGAUUAGGAUUUUUGUCCUUUGGCGGUGAUGUCUUUGAAAAAGAUCAGUUCGAGGUACUUUGUGGAUAUGAUUACACAUGGAUGAAAAUGGAUAAAAACAGGAUACCAUUGGGAGCUAUACCAGGUGGAUAUUAUAAAGAUGGCCAUGAAAUUGUGUAUGUUGGACGUGGUUAUUGCGACACUCUUCUUAUCCCAGGAAAAAUACAUGCCUCACGAGAUGGUUGUUAUAUUGCAUAUGAGGGCAAUGAAGUCCUCUGCCAGAUCUAUGAAAUACUGGUUACACCUCACAUUAAUAAGCAAAGUAUUAAUAAUUUCUACUUCACUGGUAUUGAUUAUAGUCAUGACGUUAUGUUUAACCGGUAUGACAAUGACGAAAGCGAUGAAGACUAUGAAACUGUUGGAAAUAUAUAUGCAUUUUAAGUCUUUGUUGUAUAAAAGUAUUAUUUAUUGUUGUAAACAUAAUAUUAAUAUUAAUUAUCAAUUUAUAUUAAAAUUGUGUCUAUAUUUCAUCUCGUGCUUUACGGUGAAGAAAAACAUUGUGAUGAAACCUACAUGUGUCUAAUUUCAUUGAAAUUAUACCACAUGUGUAUUCUACCAACCCGCAUUGGAGAAGCGUGGUGAAAUAAGCUCCAAGCCUUCUCCUCAAAAGGGAGAGGAGGCCUUAGCCCAGCAGUGGGACAUUAACAGGCUGUUACUGUUAUAUUAAAAGACUUAUGUUUAAAUUAAAGAUAAAAUGGAAGGAUGGAUCUAAAAGCUUUCUUAUACAUCAAUGGGUGGGUUUCUUGUUAGGUCUUGACCCAUGCUGCAUCGAGAACUACUUGUCUGUGAUGGUAAAGCAUUUAUUUACUAUUAAUUUAUUAUUUUACGAAAAAUCAGAAAUUAAAUUAUUAAGUAUUUUGCAAUUUUAGUUAUUAAGGGAUUGUGA